CUAAGUGAAGUUUUCUGGUAGGCCGCCGCCGUUCUUAGCUGCAUAGGAUUCUUCUCAUCCUGCUUAAUUUGCAUUAUAUUUGUGUUUGCCGUGUCUACGAUAUGUCGAAGCAUAACCUUGAAGAUGCCGAUAUAGAGGCUACUCUUCCCAGGAAGAAGUCUAAGAAAGACAAGAAAGACAAGGUUCGCAAGGCAAAAACGCACGUGAACGACUCGGCCGUCUCAACGCCGAUCCAAAGCGAUGUCCAGAAUGCAGAUGGAACGACGAAUGAGGAUGGAAUGAUACUAAAGAAGAGCAAGAAGGCGAAAAAGGACAAGAAGGACAAAAGCGAAAAGAGCCCAGAAAAUGGAGACGACAGCGAGAGCGAAACACUAGCUGAAGAGAAAAAGGCCAAGAAGGAGAAAGAUGAGAAGAAGAAGAGCCAGAAGCAAGGGCAAGAUGCAGACACAGCUGCGAAUGGAUCGGCCAAUGGGCAUAUAGAGUCGACAGUGUCGAAUGGCGAGAAUGGCACAGCGCUACCCCUUUCUGUGCCCGAGUCCGAAGUGAAGACCUUUCUGAGCACCCACCAGAUCACGGUGGUCGACCCCCUAUCAGACAAGCCUCUUCAACCCAUCAUGAAAUUCUCGCAAUUGCCACCGUCUCCACUCACUACAAAGAACCCUUUCGCAGCCUUCAAGGCCCCAACACCCAUCCAAGCUGCGUCAUGGCCAUUUGGUCUGUCGGGCCGAGAUAUCGUCGGAGUUGCAGAGACAGGCUCAGGCAAGACAAUCGCGUUCGGCCUACCCCUCGUCAAUGCCGUUCUAGACAUGCCCAAGACCCAGGGUGGCGGUAGGAUACGCGCUGUGGUUGUAUCACCUACACGAGAACUCGCCAUGCAAACUAAUGAAGAGCUCUCUAAAUUGGCCAGUCAUGUUGGGUUAAAGACAGUCUGUGUAUACGGCGGCGCAUCCAAAGACGACCAGAGACAUCUCCUACGAAAGGCUGACAUUAUCGUCGCUACCCCUGGCCGACUCAAGGAUUUCUUAGAGGAGGGUGCGGUCAAACUAGAUAAUGCUAGAUUCGUAGUGCUUGAUGAGGCCGAUCGCAUGCUUGACAAAGGUUUCGAAGACGACAUCAAGAGAAUCAUUGGAUGUACGCCGAAGAAGGAAGAACGUCAGACGCUCAUGUUCACGGCGACGUGGCCACAGAGCGUGCAGGCCCUCGCUUUAUCAUUCAUGACUUCGCCGGUUCGCAUCCAAAUUGGUGGCAAUGAGAGCGGAGAUCUUCAGGCCAACACGAGAAUUGAACAGCGUGUUGAGGUCGUAGACCAACGUGCUAAAGAGGGUCGACUUUUACAGCUUCUUAAAGCGCACCCCAAGAACGAAAGAGUCUUGGUAUUUUGCUUGUACAAGAAAGAGGCCACACGCGUCGAAGCUUUCCUGCAGCAGCGUGGGAUAAAAGUCGUCGGAAUUCAUGGCGACUUGAAACAAGAGCAGCGAACCCGGAGCCUUGAGGCCUUCAAGUCAGGUCAGACACCAGUCCUAGUUGCAACAGACGUCGCGGCUCGUGGACUAGACAUUCCCGAAGUAAAACUAGUCAUCAACUGCACCUUCCCACUCACUAUCGAAGACUAUGUACAUCGCAUUGGUCGUACAGGACGGGCUGGCAAGACGGGUCAAGCCAUCACCUUAUUUACAGAGCAUGAUAAGGCACACUCUGGAGAAUUAGUUAACAUUCUGAAAGCGGCCGGUCAGCCUAUACCAGACGAGCUGCUCAAAUUUGGAACCACAGUCAAGAAAAAGGCACACAGCACUUAUGGUGCCUUCUUCAAGGAUGUCGACAUGUCGCAGAAAGGCACCAAGAUCACGUUUGAUGACUAAAUCAGAUCACAAGUCCAGGAGAACAUUCUGUUAAAGUUCAGGGAAAACAUCGAAAGUUUCCACUAUAUGAUUCACAAUAUAAGGUUCAUAGGGCAUUCCGAUGGCCACGUAUAGAUAGGUA